AAUUUUCGACACGACACGAAAACCCGACACGAAACCGCACGGAAUUAAUGGUAGGGUUUUUGGUUUCAUACUUUCAUUCCCGCCGCACACACCCUUUCGUCCCUUCCAAAUUCCAAUUUCCAUUCUUCCAACUCCCAGUCCCAGCCUCCAGCCGCCGCACUGCCCCGCCCCGCCGCGGCGCCGCCCGCACUCGACGUCGACUCUCACUGCCCCGCCCCGCCGCGGCGCCUCCAGCCGCCCGCACUGCCCAGCCUCACAGUCGCUCCCUCUUCGCCAACGCCGGUGAUUCCUUCAAUAGUCACCCCGCCCUCACUCUCAGACGCAGUGGAUUCUCGGACUUAGACAAGUGAAAGAGUAGUAUCACUCCACGGUCUUCGCCUCUUCGGCUGCCUUUGGUUUCCUGAGCGAAAAUUGAAAACAGCCGAUGGCGAUAUUUUCCUGAGCGAAAAUUGAAAACAGCCUUUGAUUUUGCAUUUUGUUCAGACAAAGUGACAAGAACUAUUUGUGGAUUGGACUCCAAGAAAAGAGUAAUUUAGAUUAUUUCCUAUUGUUUUGUUUGGUAGAGACCACCUGGUGAUGAUUCAUUCA